AUGCGAGCAGCGCGAGCCGAAAAGCCGCAUGUGGAACGAAGCCGCGAGGUGCAGCGUCGAGCGGGAGGGAAGGGAGCGCAGCAGAGCGGUAUCCGCCGCGCCAUGGGGUGUGCGUUGAAAAUGGAUGCUGGGAAGAGGUCACUUUGGGAGGUGACGGUUGCCGUCAAUGUGAGAGAAGAGAGUCUGUCAUCGUCGCCGGCAGCUGUGCUGGAACAAUCAAUUCCACAUCACCCCACGAUGCAACUCCAUUGGUUGAUCCGCCUCAGAUUCUCUCUCGAUCUCAUUUCGUAUCGUAUUGGUGUUCCACCUCUGUCGCACCACGUUGAUCCGCCUUCAGGUUCUCUCUCGAUCUCAUUUCGUAUCGUAUUGGUGUUCCACCUCUGUCGCACCACCGAGACCGCGGAGAGCAUUGCGAGAAUGGCAACGUCGCUCUGCUUUGCUGCGUCGCCUCCGCUGCAGCUACGUCCUCCAGGGUUCACGAGCAACUCGAUGACACCAUCCCAUCCGCUCCGCAUCGCAUUCCCCCCCUCCCGGCAUGCCCGAAGACCGCCCACCGCCACACUCUCUGCCUUACAGGGUCUCAUUGACCCUUCCGUCUUGAGCUCUUCCGUUUCGGCCAUAUCCAAGCUCAUGACCACCCUGCUCGUUGGUGUUGCCGCUGCCAAGUGCGGCCUGCUGGACACCGCCACCCUUACCGCCUUGUCCAAGUGUGUCUUCAACAUCUUCCUUCCCUGCCUGAUGCUCACCAACGUUGUGCGCACCAUGUCCGUCCCGUUCUCAAGCGGCCUCUUUUACCUACCGAUGGCGGCCGUUGCGACUGUCUUCAUCGGCCUCAUGCUCGGCAUUGUUGGGGCCAAAUUGCUACCAUUUCCUUCUUCCUCAUUGGCUGGACAGGCUUCUUUUGGUCUGUGGGGUACUCAAUCUUGGCCGGGCUCCCCGAUCCCAGCGCUGCGCCAGCGGUCGCCGCAGGCCAGAACAAGGCCCUUGGUGGCUUGCUGA